UGGGCCGUAGACUUCACAAAACAAAAGCUACACGGCUUUUUCUCAAUCGAAAACAUCAGUAUUCUUUUAGACAGCUUCCCAAUAUAGAGGUGGGUUAUAGAGAAAGAAGAGGCAAAAUGGUCCCUGGGAGCUGAAGGAAAGGCAAGGAAAGAUAGUGAGCAGCAGUAGUAGCAACCACAAAGGAGUUGAGUUGGAAGUUGCAUUAGCAGCAGCGCGAGGAGACGAAGACGAAAGCAGCAUUGUAAGUGUUGGUGAACUGAAAACAAAACCAAACAACAAAAUGUCCCUGCUUCCUCUGUUCUUCCUCUUCACCGUGCUUCUCCUCCAAAAUCACUUUUUCAUCUCUGCUCUCAACCAAGACGGUUUAUAUCUGUACCAGUGGAAGCAAUCCCUCGACGACCCUGACUUGUCUCUGGCGUCCUGGAACAACCGCGACACCACCCCAUGCAACUGGGCCGGCGUCACAUGCGGCCCAAAUAGCAGCGCCGUCACUUCACUCGACCUCUCCAACUUCAACGUUGCAGGCCCAUUCUCCGCCAACUUCCUCUGCCGCCUCCCCAACCUCACCUCCAUCAUUCUCUUCAACAACUCCAUCAACCAAACCCUCCCUCUCCAAAUAUCCCUCUGCACCCCUCUCCUCCACCUUGACCUUUCCCAGAACCUCCUCACCGGCACCCUCCCCCAUACACUCCCCCUCCUCCCCAGCCUCCGCUACCUUGACCUCACCGGCAACAACUUCUCCGGCCCCGUUCCCCCCUCCUUUGGAACCUUCCAGAACCUCCAAACCCUCUCCCUCGUAUUCAACCUCCUUGACGACGUCUUUCCGCCUUCUCUCUUCAAUAUCACCUCCCUUAAAACUCUCAACCUCUCCUAUAACCCCUUCAUCCCUUCCCCCAUUCCUCACUCCAUCGGCAACCUCACCAAUCUAGAGACGCUCUGGCUCAGCGCUUGCAAUCUCGUGGGCCCCAUUCCCGACUCCGUCGGGAACCUCAAAAACCUUCGCGUCUUGGAUUUGACCUUCAACAACCUCUAUGGACCCAUCCCUAGUUCGCUCACUCGCAUCACCACUGUCAAGCAGAUUGAGUUGUACAACAACUCGCUCUCCGGCGAAUUGCCUAGAGGAAUCUCCAACCUCACUUCGUUGCGGCUCUUUGAUGUUUCCAUGAACCAUUUGAGUGGGAGCAUUCCCGAUGAGCUGUGUCGUCUGCCUCUCGAGAGUCUCAACCUCUAUGAGAACGGUUUCACCGGGGAGUUGCCGCCCAGUAUUGCUAACUCGCCCAACCUUUAUGAGCUGAGGUUGUUCGGGAACAAACUCACCGGGUCAUUGCCGGACAAUUUAGGGAAGUCCGGUCCUUUGAGAUGGCUUGACGUUUCCACCAACCGUUUCUUCGGUGGGAUUCCGGCGAGCCUCUGUGAUCACGGCGAGUUGGAGGAGAUGUUGAUGCUCGGGAACCAGUUCUCUGGGGAGAUACCGGCGAGUUUGGGCUCGUGUCGGAGCUUGACGCGUGUGAGGUUGGGUACGAACCGGUUGUCCGGCGAGGUUCCGGCGGGUAUGUGGGGCCUUCCGCAUGUGUAUUUGCUUGAACUGAUGGGUAACUCGUUUAGUGGCUCGAUUGCGAGGACCAUUGGUGGGGCGAGGAAUUUGUCGUCGUUGAUUCUGACGAAGAACAAUUUCUCUGGUGUGAUCCCCGAGGAGAUUGGGUGGUUGGAAAAUCUUCAAGAGUUUUCUGGUGGUGAUAACAGGCUCAGUGGGUCGUUGCCUGGGAGUAUUGUGAAUCUCGGGCAGCUUGGCACUCUUGAUCUUCAUAACAAUAUGUUAUCCGGGGAGCUCCCCAAGGAGAUUCAGUCGUGGAAGAAACUGAAUGACUUGAAUUUGGCUAAUAAUGCGAUUGGUGGGGUGAUUCCUGAUGGAAUAGGCAGUUUGGCUGUGUUGAAUUUUCUUGAUCUUUCCAACAAUCAAUUCUCGGGGAAUGUUCCUACGGCAUUGCAGAAUUUGAAGCUCAAUCAGCUCAAUCUGUCUUAUAAUAGGCUUACUGGAAAGCUACCCCCACUGCUGGCCAAGGAUAUGUACAGGGCUAGUUUUAUUGGCAAUCCUGGCUUGUGCGAGGAUUUCAAAGGUUUGUGUGAUGGCAAAAAUGGGGAUAAGGGUAAGGGUUUUGUGUGGAUUCUGCGAGCUAUUUUUAUAGUUGCCACUUUGGUGUUUGUCAUCGGUGUUGUCUGGUUUUACUUAAGGUACAAGAAUUUCAAGAAUGCUGAGAGAUCUGUUGAUAAAUCAAAGUGGACUUUGAUGUCGUUUCAUAAACUGGGUUUCAGCGAAGAUGAGAUCUUGAAUUGCCUGGAUGAAGAUAAUGUGAUAGGAAGUGGGUCUUCCGGGAAGGUUUACAAGGUUGUGUUGACCAGCGGGGAAGUGGUUGCUGUGAAGAAGAUAUGGGGCGGCGUCAAGAAGGAUAUAGACAGCGGAGAUGUGGAGAGGGGUCAAUUUCAUCAAGACAGUGCUUUUGACGCAGAGGUUGAAACUUUGGGCAAAAUUAGGCACAAGAACAUUGUCAAACUGUGGUGUUGCUGCACUACUAGGGAUAGCAAGCUAUUGGUUUAUGAGUAUAUGCCGAAUGGUAGCCUGGGUGAUUUACUGCAUAGCAAUAAAGGAGGGUUGUUGGACUGGCCAACUAGGUAUAAGAUAGCUGUUGAUGCUGCAGAAGGCCUCUCUUAUUUGCAUCACGACUGUGUUCCUUCAAUUGUUCAUAGAGAUGUGAAAUCUAAUAACAUCUUGUUGGAUGGGGACUUCGGUGCAAGGGUGGCAGAUUUUGGAGUAGCUAAGGUAGUUGAUGCCACCGGGAAAGGAACUAAAUCCAUGUCUGUUAUAGCUGGGUCUUGUGGAUACAUAGCACCAGAAUAUGCAUACACACUCAGAGUUAAUGAGAAGAGUGAUAUAUAUAGCUUUGGUGUUGUCGUACUUGAGUUGGUUACGGGAAGGAGACCCAUUGACCCUGAAUUUGGGGAAAAAGACUUGGUUAUGUGGGCGUGCACCACCUUGGACCAGAAAGGCGUGGAGCAUGUGAUUGACUCGAGGCUUGAUUCUUGUUUCAAAGAAGAAAUUUGCAAGGUCCUCAACAUUGGCCUCAUGUGCACCAGUCCUCUUCCAAUCAACCGGCCUGCGAUGAGAAGAGUGGUGAAGAUGUUACAAGAGGUGGGCAUAGAGAACCUAACGAAACCAGCCAAGAAAGAUGGAAAGUUGUCCCCAUAUUACUAUGACGAUGGGUCUGAUCAUGGAAGUCUUGCUUAGUUCAAGUUCUUGGAGCGGGAGCGGAAAGGUCUAAUCUUUUCUUUAACUUAACAGAGCCAAAUUCCCCCUGCUGUUUUUUCGGCCAUGGUUUGCUUCACAACGUUGGCUACAAAAGGGGACAUAAAUUUUUUUGGGGGUUGAAAGAAGAGUAAGUUCAAGUUUUUGCCCUCUGAAGUUGCUUGACAUCGAGGCGCGUCCCUACAAGGUUCAAAUUGGUGUCUGCAUUAAUUUCUCUUGUAUAUUCAGAAACCAUAUUCUGACUGUUAAAGAUUAGAAUAGACGUGACCGGUCUGGUGUGGGUCAGGUGAAUGUUUGAAUGGUAAAAUCAGUAGUGGGUCAAAAUUGUAGUAGAAAAUCAGCUCUGUAGUAAUUUGGGUUAACUUCAAUCACGUGAUGGAAAAAUUAUCACCGGAUUGGGGGAAUCUGUAUCUAAAUCAUUCUUAAAUGUUUGUAAUUGUGUGGAUGUUCCCGCAUAAGAUUUACUUGUGGUGGCAGUGGUGUGAAGUAUGAGCAGGGUACAGCUAUGGGAGUUGAGUUAAUGAGGUGGCUGGACAGACCUUGUCCUUCGUGGGCCAUCUUGUUUAAUUGCAGGUUCCAUCUAUUUGUCAUGCCUACCACCAGUACAUAAGAUAAAUGAUGAUGGGCUAUGAAUGUAGCAGAAGGGUACCAAUUUGUAUAAUCAUCACUGCAUUACAAUA